AAACCUAAGCACAAUAAAUCAAAACAAAAUGACAACUCAACCUAAGAAAUUCUUUAAGAUCUCAAAUGAUAAGUCUACUCAGUUAGCAAGUCAAUCAAAUAAUGAAGGUAAUGAGCCUAGACAUUUAAUUGCCACUAUUGCUGAAAACUUCAGAGAACCUAAUAAUAUUAAGACCCUUUACUAUGAUAGAAAAGAAGAUUUCAUUGAUUGGUUUGAAAUGUAUGAAUAUGAAACAACAGCAGUAGGAUGGAAUGAUAAGGAUAGACUGAAGGGAAUAGCCCAAUACCUUGAUGGAACUGCUAGGCGAUGGUAUGUCAGCUAUGCUAGUCCAGAUAACCCUGACGCACCUAAAACUUAUUAUGAUUUGAAACAAAUGAUGGUUAGAGAUUUAUGUAGAGCUGAUUAUAGAUCAAUAAUUGAAACAAGAUUAUAUGAUUGUAAACAAGAAAAAGGAGAAUCUGUUGCUAAUUAUAUAUUGGAAAAACAAGAACUUUGUAAGAGAGUUGAUUCUAAAAUGCCAGAACCACAGGUCCUAAGACACAUUUUAAGAGGGUUGUUACCUGAACUUCUACAAUACAUUGAUCAAUUUGAAAUAAAAGACGUUUCAGCUCUGUUACAAAGAGCAAAUAUUGCAGAAAGCACUCAUGAGAGGCAAUUGAAUGAACAAGGGUUAAUGGAUAAAACGAGUCUAGAAAAGGUUUUCAGUGAUUUAAGAAAGUCAGUUGAAGUGAUGAAUGAAAGGUUAACUUCAAUGACAAUUCAAAACCCUUCUAGACUCAAUACUAACCCAACUCAAAGGCCAGUCGAGUGCAACUAUUGUAAGAAAUUAGGGCAUGUUUACAAGUAUUGUAGAAAAAGAAUUUACGAUGCAAAGCAAAGACAAGGUAACAAUGGUUUGGGUCAAUCGAAUCAAACUCAAAAUAUGAAUUACAAAUCCAAUCAAACUAUGAAUCAACAAAAUAAUAGAUGGACUAAACCUAAAGUAAUUAAUCUAGCGACACAAACUCCAUCAUUGAGUAUGAUGUUAACCUUUUAUGCAUCCCUUGCUGAAGGUAAAUUUAUCUUUAUGAAUAUUGAAAUUGAAUCAAAGAAGUUUCAAGCAUUGGUUGAUACUGGUUCUGACGUAACCAUAAUAACGAGAAAAGUAGCAAAUUCAAUUGGCAAGAAUCCUGAAUAUUAUCAAGGUCCUUUAACUGGCACUGCUUGUAAUAUUCCUAUCUCUCCAGUAGGACAAGUAGAUGUCAUUCUAAAUUUAAAAGGAGAAAAUAAAGACUUGGCAAUUGAGACAACAGUACUGGUAGUUGAUUACUUGCCAGCAAAUAUCGAAAUAUUAUUAGGCCAAGACGUUUCAUGGGAAGCUGAUUUAUAUUUAGGGAUAAGGCAAAAGAGUGUUUACAUAGGACAUGGUGAAGGAGAAAAAGCUAGACAAGUUGAAACUAUUGAGGUUAAUCCUUACACUGAAGAAGAGGAAGAAAGUGAAUCCUUGCCAGAUUCAUGGGAAGAAUCAGACGUCAGUGAGGAUGAAAGUAGUCAAGUAGAACCUCAAGUUGUCAACCUUGUGACUAAUCAAGUUGAAAUAAAAUCAAAUGAGAAGUUCAAUCUUGAUGAAAGUCUAACUAAGGAACAAUCUAUUUGCAUGUUGAACUUAAUUCAAGAUUAUAGAGAUGUUUUCUCGUUUCCAAAUGACAAAUUAGGAUGCACUCAUUUGGUUCAACAUCAAAUCAACACAGAAGAUAACCCACCUAUUCAUCAACCACCUUACAGGCUUUCUCCUGUUAAAAGGGAUUUAGCUCAAGCAAUGAUUAAUGAACUUGUUGAAGAAGGUUUUGUCGUGCCUUCCAACUCACCAUGGGCAUCACCAAUUGUCAUAGUUGAUAAGAAAACAGGGGAUAAACGCUUCUGUGUUGAUUAUCGGAAACUUAAUGCAAUAACAAAGAAGGAUGUUUAUCCUCUACCUGACAUUCAAUUGGCUUUGGAUUGUUUGCAAGGUGCACAAUACUUUAGUUUACUGGAUUUAAAAAGUGGUUAUUACCAAAUAGCCAUGGAUCCUAAAGAUCAAGAAAAGACCGCAUUCGUAACACAAGACGGUCUUUAUGAAUUUACAGUGCCGCCUUUUGGAUUACCAUGUGCACCUGCAACUUUUCAUUGAUUAAUGGACAGAGUUAUUGCUGGACUAAAAUAUAAAUGUGUUUUAGUCUACAUUGAUGAUGUUAUUAUUUUUCAAAAUUAUUUGAUGAACAUUUAGAUCAUUUGAAGCUUGUGUUUGAGCGAUUGAGGUCAGCUCAUCUUACUUUGAAACCAACUAAGUGUUUCUUUGGUAAAUCUGAGAUUCUUUAUCUAGGAAACUUAGUUACUAGAGAAGGUCAGUACCCAGAUGAGAACAAAUUAAAGGCAAUUAAGAAUUAUCCAGUGCUUUUGAACUUAACAGAUGUUAGAGCAUUUGUCGCACUUUGCUCUUAUUUUAGAAAGUUUAUUGAAGGGUUUGCAACUCUUGCUAAACCUCUAACAGAUUUAACUAAAAAGGACAUUGGGUUCAAAUGGGAAACAGAACAACAAAAGGCUUUCGAUCUAAUCAAAAGUAAAAUGAUCAAUCCACCUGUACUAAUGCAUUAUGACCCUAAUAAGCCAACUCAACUACGAUGUGAUGCUUGCCAUUACGGAGUAGGGGCAAUUUUAUUACAGGAAACUGAGAAACAAUGGAAACCUGUAGCUUUUUCAAGUUGUUUAUUACGUGGAGCUGAACUCAACUAUGCAAUUAGUGAUAAAGAAUGUUGCGCAAUUAUUUACGCAAUUGAUAAGUUUAGACCUUAUCUGGAUGGAAUCGAAUUUGAAAUAUUUACAGAUCACUGCAGUUUAUGUUUUCUUCAGUCUAAACGAAAAUUACCUCCCAGAUUGCUAAGGUAUUCGUUAUUACUUCAACAGUUCAACUUCAAAAUAACUUAUAAGUCAGGGAAACAUCACAAAGACUGCGAUGCUUUAUCUAGAUACCCUGACGUAGAAGAAAAUGAAGAAGCUAAAAUAGACGACGAUGAAAGAUUAUUUGCAUUUUUAACUAUGCAAAACGUUUUACAAAAUGAACAAUUAAAAACUGAACAAGAAAACGAUCCUUACAUUAGGAGUUUAAAAUGUGAAAUUGAAAAUAAAGCAGUGAAACCAAUAAAAACCCAAAGAAAAUUAGAAAGAUACAAAAUAGAUGAAGGGAUCGUUUAUCGUAUAGUGAAAAGACCUUACGAAACUAGUUGGAACAUAGUUGGAAUAUAGUGCCUUCAAAUCUAAGACAACAAAUAAUUCAAGCUUAUCACGAUGAUGUUCUUUCUGGACAUGUUGGUUUCCAGAGAACUUAUGAGAAAAUAACAGCCAAAUAUUAUUGGCCUAAAAUGACCACACAUAUCAAUGACUAUGUUAAGAAAUGUGCCGUUUGUCAGG